UUUGACUUCAUUUGUUUAUAUACGGUGGCGUAGCCUGACUGCUGUCAUAGAAAUGGCUCUGGAGCGACGUAUGUGCCUGCGGAUUUGUGGUUCGCGGGAAUUGGAGUUUUAAAUGAAGCUUGAACUCAAGUUGUUGAACUUUUCUGCAAACAUGUAACCCCAAACAUGCUAACGGUACACUGCUAAAUGCACGCGAGGGUUGAUCAACUAGUUGCUUCGGGUUUAGGGCUGAUCGCAACAUGGAGUGUCCGACUUUUUCGAAAUAUUCCUGGCUGGAUUUUGUCUUCACUGUCAUCGGUGUGUGCACUUUUCUGUUUGACGUGGGCUCGGAUCUGUGGGUGGCGAAGGAGUUUUACACGCGUGGAGAUUUCGUGUGGUUCGGGCUCGUACUGGGCUUUAUGCUCCUGUCGUCUGUGAUCAUUCAGAUGUUUAGUUGGUUUUGGCUUCAGUAUGAUCGUGAUCUGGAGGACUUUGAGCCUCAAGCAUCAGCUGGGAACAUCGUUCUGUUCGGCGGUGCGAAACGAGUCAAACUUUCGCUCUUCCUCCACGUGUGUCAGCUGGGCUUCUUCGUCAGGCACAUAUCAGCUAUCUGGCAGGGCUUUCGUGUGUGGUGGCGAGGGGGAAGUGGGUCUGAGUAUGCAGUUUAUCUGACCCAUGACCUCAGCAUGCUACGCCUCAUUGAGACCUUCUGUGAGAGCGCACCCCAGCUCACCCUCAUGACGUACAUCAUGCUGCACUGCAACCACGCAAGGAUUGUCCAAUGUGUUAGUGUUGUCGCCUCCACAACUUCAAUAGCCUGGAUGGUGGUAGAUUAUCAUCGAUCCCUUCGUUCAUUUCUGCCUGAUAAGGACAAACAAGGUUGGACGUCCGCCGUGGUCUACUUCCUUUGGAACCUCUUUUUGAUUGGCCCACGUGUGGCAUCAGUUGCUCUCUUUGCCUCUGUGUUGCCCUGCUACAUUGCUGCUCACUUUCUGUCUCUGUGGCCCGUGUUUCUCUUAUGGGCCUGGAGGCAGGGUACCGAUUUCAUGGACAGCACCAUGGGGGAAUGGCUCUACCGGGCCACCAUAGGCCUCAUCUGGUACUUCAGCUGGUUUAACGUGGCCGAAGGGCACACAAGGGGCAGAAGUGUCAUCUACCACGCAUUUAUGAUCACCGACAGUGGAAUCCUAUUGGUCGCUUGGUGGUUUUACAGAGAUGCUGAGUUAACCCAGUCGUACGGCCUUAUACUAAUCAUUACAAUCCCUCUUGUGUAUGUUUUGGGCCUACUGAUAAAGGUUCUCUACUAUUGCUGCUUUCACCCCAAGCUGUGGCGGCAGAUGGAGUUGGGAAAAGCCGCUGAUGAUGUAUCCGAUGCAGCUGUGACAUUUAAAGCUGUUCAGACUGAUGGUGCUGCUUUUCAAGUCUUGAAUAAGAGGAUGGGCAAACACGCUGCUAACUUUUACACAUCUGAGACCUCCUCUGCAGUUAAAUCAAAUGGAUGUGAGGCAAGAAAUGUAUCAGUACUGUAAAUACAAAUGGAAUAGCUUGUUUAACCGGUUCGUUACAGACAUUUCGCCUUAUACUUGUGAAUGAUUGUAUCAUAUUUUCAUUGUCUUUUGGGUAAUGUUACAGUUAAACUGAAACCAGCUAUUAAAUAGUGUUUUAUAUUAAAUGAUUAGUGCACCCAAAAAUGUACUUGCCCUAAUGUUGUUCCAAACACAUGUGACUUAUUUCUUCCAUGGAAAGCAAAAGGAGAUGUUUUGAAGAAUACUUCCUGUCUUUGGUAUUAUAAAAUAGGAAUACGUAAUUAUCUAUAAUAUAAAAAAUAACAACUCCGUGAUGAUGCCAAAACUGUUUAUAUCUUUGCACAGUUUUACUGAAAUUAAGAUCAAAAGUUAAGGAAAUUUCACUUUAUUAAAUUAUUAUUUCACCCAAAAAUGAGUGAUUUAGAGUUAUUUAAUUACAUCAGUAUUAUAACAUUAAUCUUGUGAAGUGACUUGAAAGUCCCGUAAGCUUUUUUGUAACUAUAAAAUAAAAGACACUGAAGAGAUUUCAAAUAGUUCAAACACACAAAGUUCACUUUCAUGUUUAGUUUUUCACUACGUGACUCAUUAUUGUCAGUUCAAAUGUAUGACACCUAUUUUUAAAUGCUCACUUAAUAUUUUAACGUGUUAUCUGAAGGAUCUGAGUUUCUUUCUUUAUUUCUUUCAGUUUCAUUUAUAUUUAUUCAUUCCUAUUUUUCUUUUUUUUUCUUUUUUUUUUUUAUCCCCUUUUCUCCCCAAUUUGGAAUGCCCAAUUCCCACUACUUAGUAGGUCCUUGUGGUGGUGCGGUUACUCACCUCAAUCCGGGUGGCGGGGGACAUGUCUCAGUUGCCUCCGCUUCUGAGACAGUCAAUCCACACAUCUAAUCACGUGGCUCGUUGUGCAUGACACUGCGGAGACUCACAGCAUGUGGAGGCUCAUGCAACUCUCCGAUCCACACACAAAUUACCACACGCCCCAUUGAGAGCGAGAACCAAUAAUCGCGACCACAAGGAGGUUACCCCAUGUGACUCUACCCUCCCUAGCAAGCAGGCCAAUUUUGGUUGCUUAGGAGACCUGGCUGGAGUGACUCAGCACACCCUGGAUUCGAACUCGCGACUCCAGGGGUGGUAGUCAGCGUCAGUACUCGCUGAGCUACUCAGGCCCCCUACUCAUUUCUUUAUUUUUGUUUUAUAAAUUCAUUUUUACGUAUUGCUUACUGCAUUUUAUGUUGUUUCUUGCUAUGCUUUUAUGCUGUUGCUAUAAUCUUAUGUUGUGUGCUGUAUUGUCUUCCUUAAGUUUGAGAUAACGGUUUUCUCCAUUUCAAUAAACUGCAAAUUUUUUAACUUCA